AUGAAGUUUAGUUGCUAUUGUAUAGUUACUUUUUGUCUUUUGAUUACUAAUGUGAUUAGUGAAGAAUGUGGCUGUAAUCAAAUACCAUCUGUAGAGAUUAUUAACGAUGAAACGUUAGCUUUGGGUAUUAAAGAAGUUCGUGACGAUUUUCUUGCAAAACAAGUCUCAAGUAAAUUCACUCGACUAUCUGCAACAAUACUUAUCAGAGAAGAGAAUACACAAACAUGGAAAAGGGGCAGUGUAAAUGGUACCUUAAUAGAGUAUCCAGCAUCAACAGUCAAAUUAAUGUAUAUGUAUGCAGCAAUAGAUUGGUGUAAAAAACAAGGUCAAUCAAUUGAUUGUCUCGAUAGAUAUGUUCGACCUAUGGUCGUAGUUUCAUCAAAUUUAGAUACAGGCUAUGUUGUUGAUGCCAUAACAAAUACGACAAAUAUUGAGGAUUUAACUUCAACGAAUGAUACUCGUUGGUCUAAUUGGCUCUCUGAACGUUUAUCAAUUGAACGUUUAUUAAAAGAACUUAAUGUCUAUGAAAAUCAAAUAAUUCGCAGUAAAACAUAUCCGACAAAUUCAGGUCAAUCACCAAUCGGUAGCGAAUCUGUGCUACUUCGAACUCCUUAUUCCCGUAAUCUUUUACAAUCAUGUUGUACAGCAUCUUUUAUGCUCUAUCUAAUGCAAGCACGUCCUCAAAAUGAACUACAAUAUAUGAAACCUAUGCUUUAUCGUACAUUAGAAAGUGAUCAUACAACGUUUGGUAACGGCUUACCAGCUGGUACCAUAAUUUAUUCAAAAUCUGGAAAUGCCUAUGAUACAAUUGAAGAAAUAGCUUAUAUGAUAUUACCGAAUGGAAAAGAAAUCAUUCUUUCUGCGUUUAGCAAUGGCUAUCAAAGAGGUGCAAGUGAUUAUUAUAUUCUUGGUCGUUUUGCUGAAAUGGUUCUUGCUAAAUUUUCACUGAAUUCUCCAUCAACCAUAAUAUUUACGACGGAUAAUCCAGAUAUUUAUACUUGUUCAAAUUAUUCAAUCAAAUAUACAUCAUCACUUCCAAAAGAUAACAUCGGACAAUCGUUAAUCGAAUUCAAUGGCUCGUGUAUUAUUCAUCCGACUUUAUCUGAACGUGGCGUUUAUACGGUAUCAGUAUGGAAUCCGUCAUUUUUUGAUUCAUCAAUGAGUGUGAACGCUCGAUUGAAUGUUGCUGUAACAGAUGCAUAUAAUGUUACAGAUGGAGACGAUGGAUACAUCUAUGAUCAACAAAAUAGUUUCUCACGUUGGAUAUCCGUCGGAGAUUUUCUACUGAAUCCGGGACGUCAAAAUGUUUAUUUGAAAUCAUUAAAUCAAAAAUCAGUUUUUAACGCUAUUCGAUUUUCCAAACGUCCACCAUUGACCAUUGACGCAAAUACUCGUUCCACGUCUUCUAUACUGAUUUCAUAUAAGAAUUUUAUUUACUUCAGCUUUCUAUGUCUUCAAAUUCGAUCUUUAUACUUUAUUGAUUAUCACUGA